AUGGCCUCUGGUGCUUGCUACCCGAGCGCUCAGCCUCUAGUGGCAUUGCUCCGUCAUUGGCUUCUGCUCCGGACAGAGCCUACCACCACAGUAUCUGUGGCAAGUCAGUUGAAGACGAGGUGUCCUGGCUUCAGAAUGGGCGACAGCUUCAAGGGAGCACGUCGGCCACAGAUGGCCUGGUGCUUGCUAUCCGAGCUCGCAGCCCUCACUGGCAGUGAUCGGCCAGUAUUCUCUGCACCAGACAGAGUCUGCCACCAACUUAUCCGCGGCGGGUCACUUCCAGACGGGCUGCCGCGCCUGAGCUUCUGCUGCAGCCUCAAGCGGGUGGCCGUGCACGACCGCGGCCUGACGCUCCACUUCUCCGCGCCGCAGCGCCGCCGCCAGCCCGCCGGCCCCGGUGGCACGCUGCUGUGUCUGGCCGCGCCCUCCGCUGCGGAGGCCGAGGAGUGGGGCGGCGCCGUGCGCCGCGGCGUCGCGGAGCUGCGCACCGACCUGCCCGAAGGGUGGGACGUGGGCGCCAUGCUGCAAGGGGGCCUCGGCUCCGCGGUGCGGCUGGUGGCGAAGACGCCGCUGCCAGAAGGCUCGGUGGCUGCCAUCCAGCGGCUCAUGGACCGCAGCUUCGUCUGCAAGCGCACCCAGGACCGCUGCGGGCGGCCUAUCCCGGUGCGCCUGGAGGUCGCGCAGGUGAUCGGCGUUCAGAACAUCGCCGCGUGGACGGAGUACACCAAGGCCCGCGCCCGCGUGGCCGCCGCCGCGCCGCCGGAGGCGGCGGCGGAGGGCGGCGCGCAGCGCCUGGAGCCCGAGGUGCUCACCCACUUGUCCUGCGAGGACGGGCUGGUGAAGCCUCUGCUCGGCGGCGUGGCGGACGGCGCCAACGAGCGCUGGCUGUUCCACGGCUCCACGCCGGCCGCCGUGCAGGGCAUCGCCGACAGCGAGUUCCGCGUCGACCUGGCCGGCUCGCACAGAGGCACUCUGUACGGCAAGGGCGUGUACCUCGCCGAGUGCUGCAGCAAG